ACAUCAAGAUAAUUUACUAUAGUAGCAGGCGAGAAUACUAAAUGAUCAUUCCAAAUUAGAGUAUAAAAAUAAUCUAAUUAGACAAUCUUCCUGAAAACCUAUUGUUGAACUGCUCUGAUGCUACCAUUUUAACUCUGUUACUUAACGCAUUAUGGGCCCAGAGAGGAGAACAAAGGACUGGGAUGUAUGUAGGCUUUAUGUAGGCUUUGCAGCACUGUUCUUUCCCCUUUGCACUGCCAGUAGCUUCUGGACACUGCCAGAUUAUGGAAACUUCUCUUCCCUCAACCAGUCCCCCCCCCCUUUUUUUUUCCCCAUGUGCUCUGGGGCAGAGCAAGGCCUGGAGUGCAUACUUUGCACGUGGGAGCCCCAGGUUUGAUUCCUGGCCCCCCAAGUAUUGUUGGUUGCCCCUAAAUCAAACAAUUUUUUUUUUACAUCCCAGUCACAAAUUAGGAUGUGCCUUAAGUUUUCUAACAAAGUUAACAAUAAUUUGAGGUUUCAGAGGCCAAUGCAUGGGGGGGGUGCAGCUGGCCACUGGUUAGUCCCCUGCACCGCCUCCUGGGGCCCCUGCAUUGAACCAUCGGGCCUUCUGAGCACCACUGGAGGCACCUCCCAGGACCAAACAAAAUUUUGAACAAAAUCUCUUACACCACCACCAUCCCCACCACCCCCAAACCACAGUAUUGAAAAAGUCUUCCACGAUAACCUUGAGGGGGUAACCCUUUUGUUGGUCUCGUGAAAAACAGUGUAAUCAUUUCCUAAAUGAGUUUUUGGCAUGAUGCAGGCAUCAUGUGAAGUACAGAAAUAUUUACAGUCUAUUUUGGUACCAGCAGUUCUUGCUCAGUAAUUCACCAGUAGGUUUUCAUUCUUAGUGAUAAUGCCAAUUUAAAGCUAAAAUAAAACACUUAAAUUUCUUAGCAUUCUAUAUAGGAAAUAUCUUUAAAACCGUUUUUGUUUUGUUUUCUCCCAAAGCAAAAAAAAAAAAUAGUAACUAACAUCUUUGUUUUGUUAUUUGAGCUAGUUACGUUUCUUUUCCUUAGCUCCUUUAAAGUUUUGAGUAGAUAGGCACAUUUGGUGAGCAAGUGGGAAGCUUGUGUUGCUCAGGAGGUGGGUUGUGUUAUAUCAAGCGUGAAUUUAAAUGUACCCUGUUUGGCAAUGAUGUAGCACAGACUGACUCCAUAAAACUUGGAGGUACAGGACCUUUGAGGCAUUAAAGUUACCUUUUCAUUUAGGCAAUGUGCCUUUGUUUGACUGGUGUGUAAGUACUUCUUCCAGGUUUGUACGCUCUUAAACACGUUAUUCUACCCUCUCUUAACUCCUCCCAACAGCAAAGGGGACACACUUCAACUGGAACAAAAUAGUGGAAGAAAUGGCUUCUGGGGUUCAGUGGGGAUUCGCAGUGUGAGACACCACACGUCAGCGAAUCAAAUUCAGUGAUGACAGAGUAUGCAAGAGUCACCUUCUCAACUGUUGCCCCCAUGAUGUUCUCUCGGGAACUAGAAUGGAUCUUGGAGAGUGUCUGAAAGUGCAUGACCUGGCUCUAAGAGCGGAUUAUGAAAUCGCAUCCAAAGAACAAGAUUUUUUCUUUGAACUUGAUGCUAUGGAUCAUCUGCAAUCAUUCAUUGCUGAUUGUGAUCGAAGAACAGAAGUGGCCAAGAAAAGAUUAGCAGAAACUCAAGAAGAGAUUAGUGCGGAAGUGGCUGCAAAGGCAGAACGCGUUCAUGAAUUAAAUGAAGAAAUCGGUAAAUUAUUGGCUAAAGUGGAACAGCUUGGAGCUGAAGGGAAUGUGGAAGAAUCCCAGAAAGUAAUGGAUGAAGUAGAGAAAGCGCGGGCUAAAAAAAGAGAAGCAGAGGAAGUCUAUCGGAAUUCUAUGCCAGCAUCCAGUUUCCAGCAGCAGAAACUUCGAGUGUGUGAGGUUUGCUCCGCCUAUUUAGGGCUCCAUGAUAAUGACCGGCGGCUGGCGGACCAUUUUGGGGGUAAACUGCACCUGGGAUUCAUUGAAAUCAGAGAGAAGCUUGAAGAAUUAAAGAGAGUUGUAGCUGAGAAGCAGGAGAAGAGAAACCAGGAACGCCUGAAGCGAAGAGAAGAAAGGGAAAGGGAAGAAAGGGAGAAGCUGCGGAGGUCUCGAUCACAUAGCAAGAAUCCCAAAAGGUCCAGGUCCAGAGAGCACCGCCGACAUCGUUCCCGCUCCAUGUCCCGAGAACGGAAGAGGAGAACGCGGUCCAAGUCUCGAGAGAAACGCCAUCGCCACAGGUCCCGCUCCAGCAGCCGCAGCCGCAGCCGCAGCCACCAGAGAAGCGGGCACAGCUCUCGAGACAGGAGCAGAGAGCGAUCCCGGAGGAGAUCCUCAAAAGAAAGAUUCAGAGACCAAGACUUAGCAUCACGUGACAGAGACAGGCGUUCCAGAGCCAGAUCACCUCGGGACCGAGAUCGGAAAGAUCAGAAGCGGUCCUAUGAGAGCGCUAAUGGCAGAGCAGAAGACAGGCGGAGCUCAGAAGAGCGCGAAGCGGGGGAGAUAUGAUUAGCUGUGUGUCUGCCUCGUCCUUAAGCUCCUGAGGGGGUCACACUCUUGUUCAGUCCCAGACACCGAGCCAGCUAGGGUAGCCGAGCAGUGUCCCGCUGCUUCUGACCCAAACCCUCAGACAACAGCCCUAGUCCUGGUGACCCUGUCAGACAGCCUGAGGGGGCAGUUUUCUCCACACGGACACCGAGUCUUUAGUCUCUUUACUAGUAGGAGUGAUAGUGAACAAAUUGUGUGACUUGCUUUGGGGACUUUGGAACACCUGUAAAAAGCUGUCUUCCUUACUAGUUCUACACAGCUGCAGCUUCGGGAAUUUUUCUUCUUGAUUCUUCUUCCUCUGACUUCUGUAUCCCUAAGACUUCACCUCUCUCAUUAGUAAGAGACAGGGGCAGGGAAGCAAUAGACUUUUCUGUUUUAAGGUUCUAUACCCAUUAAUUAUUAGCUGGUUGCAGUUCAGAGCAUUUAUACUGGAAUGUGUACUGGAGAAAUUUCAAGUAUUGGGAGUUGUUUUUUUUUUUUUUUUUUUUCUGUUUGUUUAAAGGUGCCUAUUUAGAUUUGGGAGCUCAAGAGCUGUUACAUUACAUACUUUGCUUUUUUAAUUGAAAUUUUGAAAUCAAACAUGUCUUGAUCCUUCUGUUCUUUUGAAUUGCUACAUUCAGGAUGUUUUGAAAGGGGUGGGGGCGGGGACUCUUUCAUAAGCACUUCUCAUUUCUGUGUGUGUAUGGAAAAUAAAAGCUACAACCUUACUGUAAAAUAAUAAUAAUAAAAUGAAAGAAACAAUCAGUGCCCCAUCAUUAAGCUCUGGCCUGUCCAGUAAGCUGUGGGUAGGGUCAGCGGCGGCCACUCCUCCCUGUGGUCUACACGAGUGCCUUACUAUGUGCAAGGCACAGGAAGAGAGCGCCGAGGAACGUUCUGGAAGAAACUGCUGCCCGAGGCCUGCUGCCACUCUGGGCCCCACUGACAGAGCCUGGCCUGCAGGAGAGGGGGUGGGUUUCAUUUGUUGUUGUUUUGUUGCUACUUUGUUUUUUUCUCCUCAUCCAGUAAACUGAAAUAAAAACACAGUACAAACACC